GCCCAACCCUAACUUGAAAGACUCCGAGAAUCCCAAAAAUGUGUACAAUAUUGUGCAAGCCAUACGACGCGCAGUUCUCCUUCAUGUACAGAGUCAUGGCAACGCUGGAUCGGGCUCAGAAAGAAAGCCGUUGUCACGCCUUGCUCGAGUCGCCCACCGGUACUGGCAAAUCACUCUCGCUUCUCUGCUCCUCUCUAGCUUGGCAACAAAAUUAUAAGCUCAAGAAUCUACAAGGCAAUCUGCCCUACUCCGCACCUGCACCGGAGGCCAUCACCGAUCCUCUCGGUCGCGGCGGUGGUUUUAUCCCUGAAAUGCAACCUUUAAGCAUUCCACCAUCAGAGAGCUCACAGCCACCUCAGCAAGCAGCAAAUAGCAAGAAAAAGAAGAAAAAGUUGGCUCCUGUCAUAUAUUAUGCUUCGAGGACACAUUCACAAAUUUCUCAAGUGAUUCGUGAAUACAGGAAAACUUCUUAUCGAGUGCCAAUGGCAGUAUUGGCUUCAAGGAGACAUUAUUGCACAAAUCCCCAUGUCCUUCAAAAGGAGAAUAUUGAUGAAGAAUGCAAGCUUCUUUUGAGGAACCGAAAGGAAGAAUGCUUUGAAUAUAAAAGUAUGCAUAAAGUCAAAUACCAUUCCUCACUUGGGAAAGGAGGCUGUCACGAGGUCCAUGAUAUUGAAGACCUUGUCAAAGUUGGACAAGUUGUUGAAGGAUGUGCAUUUUAUGCUACACGUACAUGGCAGAUGAUGCACAAUUGGUUUUUUGCCUGUAUUCCUACAUCAUCAAUCCUGUUAUUCAGGGAUGUGGAUAUCAAAGGAGCCAUUCUAAUUCUUGAUAAAGCUCAAACCUUGAAACUUUUAUGGGUUUAGAACAAACUUUUCUUAUGAAGUUUAA